CUCUCCAAAGACAGUCACCACAAGAAAGCAUCUCCUUCUCCACAGAGCCACAGCUAGAUAGCUCAGAGCAAGAAGCUACCUGGUAUUCGUAGCAAGUUCAACUAAUGGCGCCAACAAUGGCCAUCACCACCGCCACCCUCGUGCUCCUCGUCGUCUUCCUCCUCGCUCCCACCGCCCUCGCCUCUCGCUCAGGCCCAUCCUCGCACCACGGCCACGGCAGCCACGCCAAGCACUCGCCGCCGCCACCACCCCCGCCCGCGCCAGUCGCCCCGGUGGCCGCGGCGCUGGUCCGCACCACCUGCAACUCCACCGCCUACUACGACCUCUGCGUGUCCUCCCUGGCCGCGGACCCCUCCAGCGCCACCGCCGACGUCCGCGGCCUCUCGGCCAUCGCCGUCUCCGCCGCCGCCUCCAACGCCUCGGCCUCGGCCGCCGCGCUCGGCUCCAACGUGACCGCGCAGGGCGGCGCCGCCGUCGACGGCACCGUGCAGGCGCUGCUCCGCACGUGCGCGGUCAAGUACGGCCAGGCCCGGGACGCGCUGGCCGCCGCCAAGGUCUCCAUCGCGCAGCAGGACUACGACUACGCCGCCGUGCACGUCAGCGCCGCCGCCGAGUACCCGCAGGUGUGCAAGGUGCUGUUCCGGCGGCAGAGGCCCGGGGCGUACCCAGCGGAGCUCGCGGCCAGGGAGGAGGCGCUCAAUCAGCUAUGCUCCGUCGCGCUCGACAUCAUCUCCCUCCUCAGCGCCACCUAGGCCUAGCUGAACCAAAGCUACGACCGAAUCGACUAUGAUCAAUACGUGCUGCGCACAAGCGUACACGUACGUAUAAAUUAAGGAUGUGACCGUAUGUGUACGUGUAGUUGUAACUAGUGUAGCGUACGUGUAAUGACACGUACUAACUACUAAGUCUGCUUAUGUUUCUCCUACUACUAAAGGCCGGGUUACAGAUAUUUGUUGAA